CAGUGUUGUGAAGCACCGUAAGUCCGUUUGAUUUCCGAUUUGGCAUUCGAAAUUGUUUUCCCUUAAUUUUCGUGUCAAAUACAAGAUUUCUGGAAAUGAAGACUAUGAAGAAAAAGAAGGAGAUGGCCCUGCGCUUGCGGGAGUCGCGCCGGGAGGAGCAGAAACCAGAGACGACCAACCUGUCGCCGGACGACGACGCAGAGUCGGAUUUGCCCAUUCGGGGCCGUCCUUCGAAGAAGCUGCUCAUCCAGCAGCAACAGCAGCGUCAGUACCAGGAAAAGCUGGAGCCGAAAGUGAAAACGGUCACGGUUGGAGCCAGCGAGAAGCCGUCGACGUCCUCGAGUGCAGCCGCAGCCGCAGCCGCCGCCGCCGGAGGACGCAUGAAGGCCAGGAGAGUUCUCUACAAGAAGAGCGUUGGCUCAGCGGCAGUCGCCCAGAAGGCGCCCGGCGAGACCUACGUGAUGCGCCUUUUCGAGCGAAGCUUGGACCUGUCCAAAUACCGGGAUAAGACUCCUUUGUACCCCAUAUGCCGCGCAUGGAUGGCAAAUCAACCAAAGAAUCCCGCUGUGGGUGCAUUUCAAACAGAUGAUUCAUUCACGGCCACAAAACGUGAGGACAACGGCGAAGAAAUCCUGUCCCAAAUUAAAAGCGGUGAGAUAAAGAUGAUCAACCAGCUGCCGCAGGCAAAGGCCACGGAUCUGCCCAUAAUUCCGCCUCGUCUGGAGUUCAGCCAGGAGGACAAGAAGCGGGAAAAGGCUCUCCAAGGAGCCAGUACCUACGAUCUGAUGUUUUCCAAUAUGAACCGCUGGAAGAAGGUGCGCGGACACUGGAUAAAGCAUAUCAAGAAGUAUGAAAAGGAGCGCUAUGAAGUUAUUGACAAGAUUAUGAGCUUGGUCUGCAAAAACUGAAGUGUAUUUAGGUGAUUUUGAAAGUGGGAUAGAAAAUUAUAAAUAACUUGGAUUAACUGUACUCAAAGAAUUAAAAAAAAAUCAUCUUUCCGCUGAAUUGAAUAUAUAUGCGAAUAAAAAGCUUAUACACUUUAUAUACUUAUAUUAAAUAAAAUUAAAUUUGUCAAGUAGACCACUUCAGAUCUAUCAAGAGAA